AUGGUUCAGGAUUUGGCUGAAAGGAAAGUGCGGGAGCUAAGAAUUCGAAAACAGGUCAACGAUCUUGAGAAAGAUCCUGUGGGACGAAGAAAAUACCUGUUGUUGGAAACUGACCAAAUGAUGCGCAUGGAAGUUGAUAAAGAGAAAGGAGUUGCUAAUGAGAUAAAUGAACAAGAACAAAGCACGGCUCAGUAUUGGAAUUCUAGUAUUGUGAAUUGUAAUCAAAGUGGUAAUAAAGUAAUGGGGGAUGCGAUUAAGGCUACUCUUAAUAUGGGUAUGGGACACAAACAAACUGAUAAGGAGAAGAAUAUGCUAUUGCUACAAUUGCUUAACCCACAAGCAGGAGAUCGAGGACACGGAAAAGGGGGACUAGAGAGAUCUGAGGAUCAAGUUGAUCAAGAUCAGAGAUAG